ACACGACCACGGUACACGUCAAUAACCCGUUGGCCACAGUUGCGAACAAAGUCUUGGUAUCGACGUACUGUCGCCGCCGACACCGCCGCCGCCGCCGCUGCCGCUGCCGCCGCCGUCGCGUCAUAAUAAUUAAUACCGUAACACAUUUAAUUUAAUAUUUAUAUUUACAUACGUAUAUACAUAUAUACAUACUUAUAUACAUACUUACGCACUUACGUUGGAUUAAAACCGUUUAUUCAGUUAUCAUUAAUCGUCUCACUCGGCAUCGUCGUGUUUUCGGUCUGUGAUUUUUAAAUUUUUUUUUUUUUCGUUGCUUUAUUCACGUCUCCCGUUCGUUUUCCGUCCACGGAUCCACGGUUUCUCCCGGUGGUUCGCGGUGUCCGCGCACGUACCUCAGAACGCUACCUCCGUCGUCGCAACGAUCGUUCACUGCCCGAGCCCAUAGAGGCGUUUAGCGUAUGCGUGUGCCUGCCGUCUAGUGCUCGUCAUUUCGUUUCCAGGGGACGCUGGAAGAAUAAUACAACACGAGUCCCCGUACGGUUUCGAUUUGGUUUCGUUCGCACGUACGCGCGUCUCCGCAUACACUGAAGUACGAUCGUCGAUCGCGUAACGAAUCGCAUUCAAUUAUAUUAUUAAUCGUUAGCCGGGCGCGGACGAACUCUUCGCGACAAUAAUAAAUUAAUAUCGAGUAUAAUAUAUUUAUAUCGAUAACGACGACGACCAGCGUGGUAAACCGCCUGGACAUUUAAUCGUUUUAUCGACAUCUCGACCGUUGCGUGUGCGUGUGCGCUUCUGAAGUAUCGUCACGACCGUUUGGUUUUUUUUUUUUCUCGUUUGUCGUGCGUUUGUGUGUGUGUCCCGAGCGUGUGUGCGUAGGCACGUCGCCCCGUUUUCUCCCGCCAACGAAUAUGAGCAUCGCUGCUUUGUUACAAGCCGCCGAGUACCUGGAAAGGCGCGAAAGAGAAGCGGAACACGGAUAUGCGUCGCCGAUGCCGAUCACCAUCGAUCUCAAAGGGUCUUCAAAGAGACCAAAGACGAAGAAGUCGCAGGGAAGCCGAACAACUCACAACGAGCUGGAGAAAAACAGGCGAGCUCAUUUAAGAAACUGUUUGGAGAAACUGAAAGAAAUGGUACCGUUGGGCCAUGAAUCAUCCCGACAUACAACUCUGGGCUUGUUGACUAAAGCCAAACGUUUCAUAAAGAACUUGGAAUCGCAAGAAAAAAAACACAUGAUGCACAAGGACACCUUGAGCCGAGAGCACAGAUAUCUCAUGCGGAGACUUGACCAGUUGACCACUAAUUUGAACGUGAACAAACGUCGAUCUGUGUCCGAGUCCAGCAGCUACACGACUGCGUCUGGCGCGUCCACUUCUUCAUCUGCGUGCAGCACGUCUUCAUCACCAUCCAUAUCUGAAUCGGACGAAAUCGAUGUGACCGGAUGGGUAAGCGAUACGGGCAGCAUACAGUCGGGGUCCAGCGACAGUGGCGUUGCUCUCUCUACAUGCCGCAUCACACUUUCCGAAAUGGUCUUUUAGACACAUGGUGACCAAAAUACGAAGACGAAGAAAACGAAGAUAAUGAUGAAGAAAAUAUAACAUAUUAAUAAAUAAAAAAAAUUU